CAGAUUGUCAGCCUCUUUUUUGAGGGAAAAAGGUGCGUCUGGUAUUCCGAAAAAUACGGUAGUUCCUACUUAUAAGCCCCACAUUUGUAGAAGCUUCAGCUGGGAUUUGAGUUUCUAUCAUUUGAUGGCUCAGUGAAUGCAGUGUCUCUCAAAGUUGGCUAUGGACAAAGAGAAAGAAAACACAGUCUGAGAUAUAUUGCAUUGGUAGAAAAGUUAAAUUGCAUGCCAGAGGCAAAAAUUUCACACCCAGAUUUGAAUGUGAGAUGCUUCCUGACUAAUUGCACUCUCUUUUGCUGCUGUGUUAUAAAAUUGAAAACUAAAUAUUGAAUUCUUCUGUAUCUUGCCUGUUUUCUCAUGCUUACAAACCUGGAUUUCUUCUACACAUUCCUACGUGGAUUAUAUUUCUGGAACUACUUCUCUGUUCUCUGGCUGGACAUGCUAAAUGUUUCCUCGGGACUGUCCCAUGUCGUCCUGACUUGCCCACAUUUCCUGUUUUCUUCAUUCUGUUCCCACCCGGGAUGGCUAUUAUGUCCUGUCACUGUUAUCCAGGAAGUUGUUUGCAAUGAGAUCUUAAACAUUGCUGAAAAAUCUGUCCAUUACUGCAGCACUCUUUCUCAGCCUGUCUUUUGUCAUAAGGGGCCGUUUAGUGACAAUAAAUCAUCUUUCAUCAUUUCUCAGCAACCACAAGUCCUGCCAUUAGAAACUGGCCUGGACCGGAAUCAUGCCACACGAGAAAUGCUUACCUAUCGAGCACUUUACAGCUACAUCCCGCAGAACGAUGAUGAGCUGGAGUUAAGAGAUGGAGAUAUCAUCGAUGUUAUGGAAAAGUGUGAUGAUGGCUGGUUUGUUGGCACAUCAAGGAGAACCCAACAGUUUGGGACUUUCCCAGGAAACUACGUGAAACUACUAUCCCUUUAGAAGCCACGGGCUACCUCUUCGUCUCAUCUGGAGGAGGACCCGAUUAGUGUGAGACCCUUUUUAAAACGAUCCUUGGGGAAAGAGAAGUUUUGAAUGGAGUAGUCAAGACAGUAGGCGUGCACAUGGAACGUGGUGAAAUGCUGGAGUUGUGCUGCAAAGUUCCUGCUUCCUUCGAACGCGUACGGAAGAGAGGAGACAGGAUGAUAAGCCGUGAUACUCUGCUGUGUUUCUGUUUUUAUUCAGCUACCGGAGGGGGGGAGGGGGGGGGAGAAUAACAGAAGGAAACACAACAGGGUUUCUGUUGGACAGAGGAAGAAAAGGAGAGAGACUGCCAGGAGCAGAGGGUGUAGAUUGCUCAGACAUCCUGCAGCUUUUGUUUGCUCUUUAUAGGAAAAGGCCAAGUUGUCAUGGAGCUCCUCCUCUCCCAAGGACCUAAAAAAAAAAACCCAGAAGGAAUUGUAGCCCCACAGCAUCUGAAAGGCCAGGCCUGCCCCACGCUUGUUCUAGUACUUGACAGAUUCCAAACUAAACGGCUAGAACAAAGGAAGAUGGAAUCGAUGUUCCGCCAUAGUCUAUUUGGAUUUAUUCUGCAAAAUAUUCCUGAACGUGCCUUUCUAGAACUGAUAAUAAAUGUAAUUUCUGGCUGCAUCUUUUUUUUCUUCUUCUUCAAUAAACUAGAAAUUCGGUCAACUUCUACUGUGCACACUUGAUUGGGAGUAAACCCUAUUGAAUUGAUUGACAUUUUCCCAUUACUGGACUUUAUUUCUGUUUUUUAUAGUCAUUUGGAUGGUGAAUUGCAUAAUGAUACACUAAAAUAAACCUUGUUUCUGCUGUGUUUUAUAGUUUAUAGGGAUUCACAUUCUGCAUACUUUCUUUCUCUUAUACAUUCGUCUCCAGAAUAGAAGUGUUUCGUUUUCAUCCCGAGAUCAGCCAAAAACAGCAACUGAAGUGCUUUAAUAAUAUGAUUGUAGAUAUGUAUAUUCCCUUUGUAAAAACGUAUAAAUCUUAUAUUGCAAAUUGAAAUAUAAAGCAGAGUCUUUUAAAAACAGUUUGAGGAGGACGCUUCCGUUUUAUUUAUUAUCACACUAAAUAAAUUAGUACUUGGGCUACGAAACACUGUUUUUCAACACUUUGCAUCAGUGCUUCUAUUGCACUAAAAUGGCUUAGUGCGUUAAGCGGCUUUGUGCUGAAGCUUCUAGAAUGCCAUCCAUUUCUAGGCUUGAAACAGCUGAGGUCACUUGAGACCACAGACGGGCUGCUAGUUCCCAAAACACCUGUAGGUGGCACAGCUAAUCACAAAACAACCCCUUUACUACAAGGCGAACAAGCGCUUUCAGGGGUUGCAAGUCAUCCUAGUGGGUUGGCAAAGGCGUUGCUAUAGCUCAAAAAUCCUAUUUAUUUUAUUUAGUAAUAUAUUAAAAAGAGGUGUAGUCUACCCUGUUUUAAGGGAUAUUUGAAUAUUUUUAUUUUUGGAUUGGCAGUAAAGUGACAGAAUUGAACGGUUUUAUUUUGCAAAUAUCAAUAUUGGUAGCAUGUAACUAUCCACAAUAGCAUUUUUAAUUACUAUAUAUUUAUAUUUCUGCUGACAUAGUUCUAAAGAAAAAAGUUAUUGUCUGUUUUAUUUUACAGAGGAUUAUUUACAGUUAACAAAUGGAAAUGUUUAAAGCAUGUUUCUUUGUGUAAAAUAUGAAAUAAAUAUUAAUCCAACAUGAAA